AUGGCUGGGUUUCUGGAGGGAUGUCUUCCCGCCUUUUCACUGCAAGGCAAAUAUUGUCUCGUGCAGUACUCAGGCGAGAGGAAGUGGCACGAGAGAUUCAUCCUAUCGACGACGACGCCGAGCAGCGACCUCAGGUCGAUUGGGUAUUGCGUCGUCGCAACCCCAGACGGUGACAUCUAUGGUGAAUCACUUGCUGCACCAAACGUCCAGGGACUUGCACUCCUCGGAGAGGACCGGGCUGCGCCUCCUGGCCUCGCCAGGCGGAACAUCUACAGGUUCGAGGAUGGCAACAUUGGCCACGCUCCGGACGCAACGGAGAUUGCCCAUAUGCGUGGAGCUGCUCUGCAAGAACAGGCCGACCUGCAGAAGGAGAUCGAUGAUCAUGGCGUUGGUGUUGCCGCGCCACAUGUCGUCGCAUCCACUCCCGCCCCAACGGCGGCGACGGCGCCUAUCGGACCAGUGCUUGCGCCUGCUGCAGGUUUCGUUUGGGUUGUCGCUGCCACUGAGGGAGUCAGGGCUCGAGGGAGUCUCGUCCCCUUGAACCAGGUUGUUGGCGGGUAUCAGGCGGGUACGAAAGGAGUUGCCGGCCUGGCCGAUGGGUCUGUGAUCUUUGCGGAGUUGAUUCCUGCCCAUGAGCUCCAGGCCUACGCGACUGCUGUGACUACUCCUCCUACGGCGACUGUUGUUCCUCCUCCCGGUGGUGGCGCCAUCGGCGUUGGGAUGGCAGACGAUGCCCGCACCUUGGCUGUUCGCUACGGCACCGAUGGAAAACGCAGGCGGGAAGUUCGAGAUGGAGUUGAGUUGGCCAGUGAGUCUCCCUGGGGGGACUGGCCAAUCAAAGGCCCGCGUACGGCCAGGUGGGUUGGGCAGUACUUCGUCACCAACGGCGGUGGCCCGCUGACCAUGCACAACACCUGGAAGGUCAAUUGCAAGCUCCAGCCCUCGGACAACGGCGUCUUGGAGCACGAGGCCCUUUGCAAGAUGCUCGAGCUCGCCAUUGAGUACGACCAGUUGAACAUUGGUGAGCUUGCUAGCAUCGAACUUGCAUGCCGUCGGCUUCAGAUGAUCCAGUACCGCUGGCGGGAGAGGAUUCUUGGUUCGGUCUCGAGCGGCACAGUUGAUGAUGAAUCUCACUUCUUUUUGGGUGUUGAUCCGACCCGGGGCAAUCUGUGUAUUUGUCCCGCACUCAACAGCUGGUUGGGAGAAGAGUUGCACAAGGAAAGCCAGGCCAACAAGGAGCAGCGCAAAGCUCGUGAGGCCGCAUCUCUCGCUCGCCUUGAGCGCAUGUACAAGGCGGUUGGGCCUCCACCUCAGUCUCGUCCCGAAGAAGCCCUCGAGGCGCUUCUCGGUGGUAUGACCCUGUACUCUCAGGAUACCGAUUGCACCAUUGCCAGUUUCGACGAGACCUUGGUCUCUUGGCCGAGUCCUGGAAGCUGUCCCGUCAACGUGGCGGAGCGGUUGGACCCGGAAACUUCACACUUGUUGUCUCUGGCAGGCAUGCCGGCACUUCUCGCCGAAGAGGGCUCCGCUCCCGAAGAGGAGGUGGUCAAGCCUUACAUGGAUCCUGCACUUGCCAGUUCUCCUAACUCUUUGGGGAGAUUUUAUGGUAGGCUGCACCAGUCUCACAUGCUCACCUUUGUCAGUGGACGGCACGCGCACACCGUGGGCGUGUUCUUUGUGCACAAGAAGAGCGGGAAACUCAGGCUCAUCCUCGACACGCGGGCUGCUAAUCGUGCCUUCCGCAAGCCUUUGACUACCAGGCUGCCUACGCCUGCCGCCUGGAGCAGCAUCGAGGUUGACCCAGAAGACACUUUGUAUACCGCUGCGGGGGAUGUAGCUGAUGCUUUUCAUAGGAUGGCUCUUCCUGCUCAUCUUCGUCGUUUCUUCAGGCUCCCCGCCAUCAAAUGCAAGUUUGUUGACCGAAAACUUUGGCCUGCAGGCUGCAAGGGAGAGGACUACAUUACUCCAGAGUACGCGACUUUGCCCAUGGGUUGGUCUUGGUCGCUUUUCUUCUGCCAGCAUGUGCUCCAAUCAGCUGCCGCCCAGGCCGGCCUUCCUGAGACGGACUGCAUUGAGGACCGGUCCUGGAUUGGUCAAGUUUCUGAAGGCAGGGCUAUUCACGCUGAGUAUGUCGAUAAUUUCUUCGUCUGUGGUAUUGACCGUGAGUUCGUGCAACAAUCUUUUGACCGCUUGAGGGGCAUCCUGGAGUCGUGGGGUUUUGCCAUUCACGAGGUUACCGAAGCACAGCCCAUUGUUGAAGGCCUGGGGCUUAGAUUCGACGGAGCCGAGAGGCGGGUCACGUUGACUAGCCAGCGCGUCUGGAAGCUUCGCCUUUCCGCUAUUGCUCUUGGACGGUUGCGAGGCCCACCGCCUCCCAAGUGGAUCGAGAAGAUCGUUGGGCACUUCACUUUUGCCAUGAUGGUCCGAAGGGAGGCCUUGUCGGUCUUCAGCUCUGUCUACAAGUACAUCCGUGCAUCGCAGCCAGGUCUUGACCUUUGGCACCGUGCCCGCGAUGAGAUUUUACAGGCCUCCGCUUUGCUGCCGUUGCUGAGCACCUCGUGGGCCUUGCCCUGGGAUGCCACAGUCAGUGCUACCGAUAGUUCUGAAGUUGGUUACGGGGUUUGUGAGCGCAGCUUGGCACCAACCUUUGUUGCUGAGUGCGGAAGGCCCUGCGAACAAUGGCGCUACUCCGUCGAGGGUGCCAUCAAAGCGCGGGCCAAUGCCUUGGGACUAAAACCGGAGGAGCAUCUCCCUGCUGAUCUUCAGCAGGAGUGUGCUCGUGUCUGCAGCUCUGAGUUCAAGGAGAUCCCCGCCGGUGUACUCUCUUUUGAGGCCUGGCACACCGUCUUCAGCGGAGCUUGGGAUUAUCAUGAGAACAUCUUGCGGACCGAGGGCCGUGCGAUGAUCAGUGGCAUUCGUCACAAGUUACGGGCCGUGCGGAGCCAGCAGAGGCCUCGCCCAAUCAUGGAGGACCGCUACUCCAAGGUCCUCCUGGCCUUUUACCAGUGGGUCCAGUUCUACCAGAGCCUGACCUCGGACUGGGACGCCCUCUUGACCGGCUACCUGAACGAGCUCUACGUGUUGAACCAAAACGUCAGCGCCGCGGAGUACGUUUUCGCCGCGUUCAAGUUCAAGCACCCCCAGUUCGGCAAACAUGGAUCUCUGACGUUGCCACGUGCCACUCAGGCCCUCGAAGGAUUCCGAAAUCUGGCUCCCCCGCAAAUGAGGCUGCCCACACCUUGGGUCGCCUUCAUCGCCGUCGUGGGCCUGCUUUUGGCGCACGGGGAAGUGCUGAUGGCAAUCGCCCUCCUCAUUCAGUGGGACCUCCUCUUGCGGCCCGGGGAAUUGAUAGGACUACAGCCGCAGCACAUGGUCCCGCCGAUGCCGACGGCCAACAUGCCGUCCUGGGGGGUGAUACUGGCCCCAUCCGAGGAGAGCAACACUCCAAGCAAAGCAAAUGUCUUCGACGAGAGCGUGACCCUCAGUCAGCAAGUGGAGUUCAUCCUGCCCGCUCUCGAGGCGCUAGUGGCCACACGAGCCAAGUUCGGCCCCUUGUUCCCUUUCACCGGGGUGCAGCUCGGACGCAAGUUCAAAGAAGCCGCAGACUACCUGAACCUUCACGAGCUCAACCUGACUCUGCAUGGAAACAGACAUGGCGGCGCAAGCGAUCUCCGUCUGAGGGGGACUCCGCUGAAGGAAAUCAAGAAGAGAGGGCGGUGGGCUGCAGACUCCAGUCUCCGCAGGUACGAGAAGGCGACGCUGGCCCAACAGCAGAUCCACAAAGUACCUUUGGCCACUCGCCUGUACGGUGCCUUCGUGGAGCAACAGUUGCCUCGCAGUGCUCGACUUCUUCAACUUGCAGUGACGUGCCCAGCCGGAUCGAGCCUGGAGCAGCUGAGCCUGCUAUUCAAGCCUCUGCCUGCGCAUUGA